CGCCUCUUCCCCUGACAUUAGCACACCCACUCCAUUCCCCAUCGCAGUCGAUCCCCUCGCUGCGUCGCUAGGGCCCUGGCUCGCCCUGGCAGGCAGCUAGAGCCCUGCUGCAAUGCUGCGGUGCGCUACGCGGCGGUGGGUCACCGAAUAUCCCUGCCCUAUGGCUCUUCCCCUCCUCCCCGCCGCUUUCGUCGACGCUGCCCAUGGGCGCCCUCUCGUCAUCGCCGACCGGCCUCCCCCAAUGACGAGACACAGCCAUCGGACAUGGUGGCUCGCAGCGCCGGUCACUCAGUGCAAGCGUCGACUCGACCGCCCAUACCCGCGCCAUUGGUCCCUGCCCAACAGUUCCUGGCCCCUGGUCCCUGGCCAACCUCCGAUGGGUAAGGCCCUCCGCUCGUCGUCUACCGGCCCCGAGUGGGUGGGAGACGAAGCUGCAAGAUGCAGAAGAACUCUCUCUUCUGUCCAGCAUGACAGGGGUGCCUUGUGGAUGCCAAAGGGACCUCCGCCUCUGCCCCGGCGUGGUGGGUGCUGCUCUCACGGCUGCUUGCCCAUCCGUAUAGCCAUCUAUCCAACUACUUUAUAUGGCCGCGUGCCCUCCACCCACGCGCGCGACCUCGUUCUUGCUGUCCGACUCUUGUGUGAUAUCUAUUCCGCCAACCUCUCCCUCGGCCUUGCUAUCCUAAUUCUGGGUUGACUUUGACUAUAUCAUUCACCAAUCCUCGUGUAAUAUCUCACUUGCCACAACACCACUGCCUCUGGGUCGGGCUCGCUUCCUCGCCGUCCUACUUCUGAAUAUCUGUUGCACACAACCUCGUUGUCGCCAUUGUCGAACCCGUCUCGGUUUCCUCGUUCGACCCAGCAUAAUCGAAGCUUACGCAACGAAUAUUCCUACGCU